GAGACGGCGAGUAGAACGUGACGAGACUCCGGAAUGUCUAACAUUUUCGAUUUAUCAGCGUACAUAUGUUUCUGCACUCGUAUAACUGAUAGAUCGGCUAAUAAUUAUCGUACAGUACAGAGGAAUCGUUGUACAAGCUCGGAUUUAGUCGUCCACCAUUAACUUACGAUCGUUCUCUUCCUGCCAGUCGGUACUAAGUCAGUCAUCUAGAUUAAUAUGGUGUGAAAUGAAGUAAAGAAUUAGUUAAAGAAAUAUGUAAACGAUGUUAAUCAAUGUUUCGAUAUCGUUCGACUCGCUAUCUACUUCCAUAUUCGUAAAUAAGAAAAUUGUGAUAAAAGUUACAGUGAUUCUUGUGUUUCUCUCGUGAUAUCUUCCUCAAAUAUUAUUUGAUUAUAGCUAGAAUAUUAAAAUAUUUCCGUAAAUCAGACAAAGCGAAUUCGUUAAUUGAUAAAACAGAAAAAUCGGCAAGCUCUCAGGUUAUGUUUGUACACUUAUUUCCAAGCUUUUUUCCUCGUCAGAUCGGCUGAAAAACAUUAACGUUCGUUGACAAUCUAUCACAUUGACAUUUCACCCGUCACGAGUUACGUCUAUUGAUUCUACGUAGUAUUAGAUCACGACAUACGCGUUGUACGCCGUUGCGUCACUCCAUUCGGACGUUUCAUUCAACUUGAAGUCUUUCGUACGAAGGUCAGGCAACUCGCGUCUAUCGCCGGCACUAGCACUCUCUCUCCAUUCUUUAUCCGCUCUAAGCUGUCCCUCCCUUUCCUUUCGUUGUUCCUUUCUUCCUCAGCAUGCAACGCACAUACUAGCCUCUCUCCCUCGAACAUCCAACCACCACUUCUCCAUUUCACUUCGCUUAUAUCUUAACGUAAAGAUCUGUUUUCCAAAUUUCCCAUUAACUCUCUUAUUUUCCUUUUUGCCUUUGAUUUCUUUUAUGGUUUUGUUUUAUCUUUAUCUUGCCUUUUUACCGAUAGUAAUAUUCCAUGAGCUACCUUUAUUCGAGCUGCCUUUCUUUGCAAGAAUUAACUUACGUUUCUAUACAAGAAUCGAUGAUGCGUUUUCUACGUUAAAUAUCGGUAAACAUCUUUUGUACUGAACGUAUUUUACCAAAAUUAUCAAUCGAGAUAACGCGCAAUGUGGUAACGUGAAACCACCAGUUUGACGGGCUCCAGAGGGGGUUUGUGACACGUUUCAUCGUAGUUGAUCUUUCUCUGAGCAAUCUUAGGCUGUAGAUCUCAAACUCCACCGACCUGAGCGUAUUGUAAAACGAUGCACGAAACACGAUGUGUAUCGCGCGCGACGUCCGAGGCAUGGGCAGCUUUCUGGGAGCCAACGGCAUCGCCGAUGGUAGCGGUAUGCUGACAGUGAUGGCGAAAUUGUUGAAACAAGAGCUGGCUUCCGACGCCGAGGAGGAGAGCCUGGUGCCAGCACUCUCCGGCAGAUUCACCUCGAUGCAGAAGGUGCCCUCCCUCUCGGACCUCUCCGAUCCGGAAAGCUCCUUAGAUAUACCGGCGCAAGUGCCGCCGUUAACACCUGGGACCAACAAGAAGAUGACCGAGGCUCUGGAGGCCUCCUUCGCAUCUUGGGAAAAGGAACGACUUCGCUUGAACAUAACUAAAGAUCCGAGGCAAUGGUCGGAAGCAGCUGUCGCCCACUGGUUGCACUGGGCUAUUGGGGAAUUCUCGUUGGAGGGUGUGGCGGUGCAGCCGUGGCAGCACAUGACCGGGAAACAGAUUUGUGCCAUGGGGAAGGAGUCCUUUCUAGCACGUGCCCCCGCCUUCAUGGGCGACAUCCUAUGGGAGCAUCUUGAGAUCCUGCAAAAAGAUGUCGACGCAGCGAAGGCCUCUCUGGAGAACGUGCCGGCGAACUUGUAUGAAAGCGUAUGCGUGCCAGAUUUAGGUGAUUUUUUGGGAUACCAGGGCGGCCAUCAGGUGGCAGCAUCGGAACAUAAAAACCCACCGACGCCCGCCGGUUCUGUCGCCUCGAACAACUCCUCCGGUCCUCCUCAGAGCGGUACGCAACAACAACCCCCGAUACAACAACCCUCUUCGGGCGCGGUCUCCCUGCCAUCGAGACAGUAUCAUAACGAUGGCGGUUACAAUCAUCUUCGCAGUCCCGUGUGCCAAGACGAGAGUCAAAGAGACGAAACGUCGCCACCGCCCCACAGCCAUAGCACCCAACCACCGACCUCUCACUCUAGUACUCCUAACAGUAAUAACAAUAAUAAUAACAACAACAAUGCUAACAACGCGUACAUCCAUCUACGAAAUUUAAAUCAGCUCAAAACGGAAUCGAACUACAGCAAUCAUCACAUAGCAGAGCAUCUUCAAGGAGGAGGAGGUGGCGGACUGGGCAGCGGGGGUGAUCUCGCUGGUACAGGGAAUAACGAGAGCGAGUUGAGAGUCAGCGCGACCGCCACGGAGAGUUACAUGACGCCGGCGCACUAUUCCGGAUACGACGAUACCUCCGAGUAUCACAGCUUGCCGCAGGACCACCAGACGCCGCAUUCUUACAAUUUGGACAGUUCGCCGGAGUUCUACAGCACCAGCGGGAUCCACAUCGAGUCGAAGUAUCAGCCUUCACCGUUCAAGAAUUAUCCCCGAGGUCGCUAUCACGAAGGUUACAGCGAGGGCGGAUACGGAUACGAUGCAGCGCCGUUUCAAACGGUUCCCGGAAGCGGGAGCGGUGCUGGAGGCGGCGGCGUUGGCGGUGAUCAAUGGGGUGUCGGACUCGGUGAACAUCCUCUGCCCCAUCCCGCGUUUCUAUCAGGGCUUGGACCACGAGACUCCUCCAAUCCCCAUCAUCCUACGUCUAUUGCCAAUAACGCGGACCAAAAGCCAUUGCUGCAAAGCACCAUGCUCCCCGGUUAUGCAGGUGGCGGACCAUGUUUCACUGGAUCAGGUCCGAUACAACUGUGGCAAUUUCUGCUGGAGCUUUUAACUGACAAAUCGUGUCAGGGUUUCAUCUCGUGGACCGGCGACGGCUGGGAAUUCAAGCUGACCGACCCGGACGAGGUUGCGCGCCGUUGGGGCAUUCGCAAAAAUAAACCCAAGAUGAAUUACGAGAAGCUGAGCCGAGGUUUACGCUAUUACUACGACAAGAAUAUCAUACACAAAACUGCUGGGAAGCGAUACGUGUACCGCUUUGUAUGCGACUUACAAAGUCUACUAGGAUACAGUCCUGAGGAGUUACAUGCAAUGGUAGACUUGAAACCCGAGAAGAAGGAAGAAGACUGAGUUUUUGUUAAUGAACAUGCUUUUAGGACUGUGUCACACCGAUAAAUGAAACACAAUUUCUUCGCGCCGUGCAAAGAACAGAGAGAGAGAGAGAGAGAGAGAGAGAGAGAGAGAGAGAGAGAGAGAGAGAGAACGGCGGGACAAAGUAUCCGUUACUAAGAAAUCACUAUAAGAUAACUAUUCAGCAGAAGACUGUGAUAGUGCGUCUUCUUUGUUCAGAUGUAACAAAAUCGAAUCGGUCGUAUGUACCAAAGACAGGGUCUGCAUACCAUUGGUGCCUAAAGUUAAUGAAUCGUGAAUUUGUUUCUAAGUGAUUAAUUUGUCACAGCAGAUUUUAGAGGAUAUUUAUAGGAAUAACUCGUCAAUUUAUACAUAUAUAAAUAUAUAUAUUUUUAAUGUUAAAUGAUUUUUCAACAACUAUUAAGCACAUCAGAUCAUCUGAUGGUGCCCCUAAAUUAUUUAUGACUCAUUUUAACAUGUGUGUUAUAUCUCGUUGAUACAAUGAUAGAUGACACGAUAUGUGAUUGUUAUUACUAUAAUUUUACUAUAAUAAACUCAUACAAUAUACUAUUGUAGCGAGCUUCAAUCCGAUAUUUUCAUGCUUUUCUAUGUAUAGAUUAAUUAAGAUUACAACACUACUUUUCUAUCUUCCAAGCUCGCUUCUCACCAAGAGAAAAAAGAAAACGACGUAUUUUAUAUUAUUUCUUAAUUCUUAAAUAUAUUUCGUAUGUGCUCGAUAUAGUAAAACAUAUCUAAUAUCCACUUCGCAAUAAAAGCCGUUGCAAAGUGUAAUCCGAGUUGGAAAAGUGCGUUAUAAGUGAAAAGAGUAUGCUGUUAAUUUAUCUAGUUCUCCUUAAAAGUAACGUUUGUAUUAUGAAAUUGGCUUUCGUUCGCUAAGAUAUUUUUCUAUACUGAGACAUUGAUUUAAAAAAUCAAUUUCAAAUGAAUAUUUACACGUAAAAGAAAGAGGGCCAUGUGCAACCAGUAUUCCACAAUAUGGACGGAAGUAUUACGAAAUUUAUAAACAAGAUUACAUGACAAAUGUAUUGCGGCACAUAAAAAGGGUUUCAUUUUUACUUCAAAUUAUUUAUAAUUGACUGAAACAGUAUCUGACGAUUUUCAAUGUUUAUCUAUUGCACGGUUUAUAAUUUUCUUGUUUAAAACAUAAAUUUACUAUCCUUGGAUAUAUAAGUAGCUGAAUAUAGAACAAGUUUUCUUCGCUCUUGUAACGCGUGGAACAUUGAAUAAUGCAAUUAGAUCAAAUUUUAAGCGAUAUAUACGUAGCUACUUUAAUUUCAUAAUUUGACAAGCGUAAUUUUUUUAUGCGUAAACGACCAGUGUUUUAAUCAGGGAAAAUGUUACAUCGAAUUGCUUGAAUGUAAAUGACACCGCAGAUAUACAGCGAUGCCACGAAAGUCGAAAAAUCGGAAAACGAGCAAUAUACUUCGUGUUUUUUUCUUUACACGUGUCGUAUAUCGUAUAUAUAUAUAAUAUAUAUACAUACAUAUAAAUAUCUAGGAAAUUACAUAUACACGAGUAUGUAUAUGACUUAAACUAUUUUUCUAUUCGCUGUGUUUGUUAAGUUUCCACGUACCAAAAUACUUUGAAGCCUGUUUGAGACGAUCUGUAAUUCGCGACAGAACUCGCUAGGGAGUGUUAUUUGUGUUUUUACAUGCCGUAUAAUACAGAGAGCACUUGAGAAUUUAUAAGUGUAUAUGUAUACAUGUGUAUAUGCAUACUUUUAUGAAUGUAAUUGGGACCCUUCAAUUGCUCUCUGUAUUCUAAGCCCACUUUAGGCAAUUUAAUUGGCGACAAAAUUUUAUCUGUAAUGCUAUGCGCUGCAUACAUAAGAUGGGACAUUGAAAACAAAAAACGUUGAAAUUUACACAUGUACAAUGAGUUUCAAAACGGUUGAACAUUUUUUUUCGAUACAGUUCGGAAUACAAAUGAUGGUCCAAUAACAGAACUCGUUUUCGAAAAAUAAGUUCUCUCAUUGGACCGUCAGGACCGUUGCAUUUCGAAUUGCAUCGUAAAGUAAGUUCAAACCGUUUUGGAAAUGCAUAAUCUGUUUCUAAACGGUUAGAACACUGUUUUCCGAUGCAGCUUGGAGUACAGCCAAUAGAUCAAUGAGAGAAUUUAUUAUUCGAAAACGAAUUCUCUCAUUGGAUCAUUGUUUGCGUUCUGAACUGCAUCGUUCAAAAGAAGUUCAAACCGUUUAGAAACCAACUAACAUGUAUAUAUAUAUAUAAACAUAUAUAAUGUACUCAAUGUGCUCACAGUUGCGAAUUUAUUUCUGAUUCUUUCAAUGUUAUGCUAUGUUGCACAGCACAUUGCAAUGGAAUGUUAGAGAAACUGCAAGAGAGCUCGCGAAAUUAUGUUUCUAAACUUCUCUGAAAGUCCUGAAAUUUUCUAAAUUGCAAAUAACUUUCUAUCCAUCCUGUUGAAUUGUGAAUCGUCUAAGAUGGGCGGCACGUGAAAUUACAAAAUUAAAGUAGCGAACAACAGAUCAUCCGGAAUCAGUUUUACACCACGUGCUAAUGAGCGACGAUGAACGCUGUGGUAUCUUCGCGUGUAUAAUUAACAGUAUACUAAUUUCAGAGAUCGUUCGCGAGUUUAUUACGUUAAUCGAGGAUUGUUGAGGAGAAGCGAAAGUCGGUAGCGAUUCUAUUAAGGUCUCUUGUUAUCGAAACAGCCACCAGGAUCCUUUUAGCGCGGUAAUCGUUACAAUUAAAGUUUCUCCUAGUUGUAUCGCGCGGUCGACCCGCGGACAUUAAUAAAUUAUAUUAAAUACUCUUAGCCUCACGAGUACACACAAACACACACGCACAUACAUAUACACACGUACACACACACACGCACACACACACACACACACAGAGAAUGCAAUGUAUAAAGAGCUACUCGAAUGUUAAUAUUAAGUUAUCGCGGUUUUGGCACUUGUUACUCAAAGAGAGCCAUACUUCUUUCCCAGAAUUAUUAUAGCAUUUCAAAAGAGACACGCGAAUGCGGAAACUUUUUAGUAGAUGCAAUAAAAAAAGAAUAAAGAGAUUUUUAUAAAUACAUA